AUGGGGUGUGCCAGAGUGUCGGUGCAGAAUCUGCACCUCUGCGAGGGCUACGCAAGCCCCGACGGCCGCUACCACCCUGGCUUCUACUGCCCGCGGCUGACUGACCCGGCCGGCCACCGCUACUGCUGCCGUGCCAGCCCGCGCGCCCUCAAGUCCUGCUGCUCUCAGCUGGCCCUGGAGGCCAUCACCGGGGUGAACCUCUCCAGCCUGGCCAGUCCAGGCCUUCUCCGGGGCCCAUCCCCGGGGCGGCCGCUUGGGGGGGUCGGGUCAGGGCCGUGCCCAGGUCCCACCCCCCCCGGCACGCGUGUCCCAGCCGGUGCCCGUCGGCAGGUGACGGCGGGGCAGCUGCGGGAGCGGGGCAACGCGCUCUUCCAGGCGGGGGACCACGCCGCGGCCCUCGCCGCCUACACGCAGGCGCUGAGCCUUUGCGACGGCGAACCGGAGCGAGCCGUGCUGCACCGCAACCGGGCCGCCUGCUACCUGAAGCUGGAGGACUACGCCAAGGCAGAGGCUGAUGCAUCUAAAGCCAUUGAAGCCGAUGGCCGGGACAUGAAGGCACUGUUCCGCCGGAGUCAGGCGCUGCAGAAGCUGGGCCGCCUGGACCAGGCUGUCAGCGACCUGCAGCGGUGCAUGAGCCUGGAGCCCAAGAACAAGGCCUUCCAGGAGGCCCUGCGCGCCCUGGGGAGCAGCAUGCACGAGAAGAUGAAGACUAUGUCCUGCACAGACUCGAAGGUGGCGCAGAUGUUCCAGAUCUUGCUGGAUCCUGAAGAAAAGGAUGCGGACAAGAAGCAAAAGGCUGCGCAGAAUCUGAUUGUGCUGGCACGAGAGGAGGCUGGAGCAGAGAAAAUCUUCCAAAGCGAUGGUGUGCGGCUGCUGAUGCAGCUGCUUGACACAGUUAAGGCCGACCUGAUGCUGGCAGCCCUGCGCACCCUGGUGGGGCUGUGCUCUGGGCAUCGCUCCCGGACCACGGCCAUACUGGCAGAGCUGGGGGCCCCUCGUCUCUCAGCGGUGCUGGGUGUGGAGCACGAGCAGGUUUCCCUGGCUGCCUGCAACCUUCUGCAUGUGAUGUUCGAUUCCCUGAAGGAAGGCCUGCAGAAGGACUUCCGUGGCAAGGAGGAUGCAGUGGUGCUGGAUUCUUCCAAGGACCUGAAACUGUUGAUCAAGCACCUCCUGGAGCUGCUAGCGCUGGAAGGGGCUUCUGCGCAUGGCCGUGACAAUGCCCUCAACCUGCUCAUCAAGGUGGUGCCCAGGAAGUCACCGAAGGAGACCAACAACAGCAUGAGCCUCUGGGUGAUCGACCAGGGCUUGAAGAAGAUCCUGGAGGUGGGAAGUACAGUGUGUGGCACCCCGGGCAGCCUGCCCGUGACAGAGAACAGCCGGAUGAGUGCCUCGGUUCUGCUGAGCAAGCUUUAUGAUGACCUGAAAUGCGAUGCCGAGAGGGAAAACUUCCACCACUUGUGCGAGGACUACGUGAGGAGCUGGUUUGAGGGGCACGAGCUGGCUGGGAAGCUGCGGGCCAUCCAGACGGUGUCAUGCCUGCUGCAGGGCCCCUCAGAUGCUGGGAACAGGGUGCUGGAGCUGGAUGGGAUCAUGGACAGCGUGCUGUCCCUCUGCGCCUCCGUCUGCGAGGCCCACCAGCUGGUAGCGGUGGAGGCGCUGAUCCACGCUGCUGACAAAGCUAAGCGUGCCUCCUUCAUCACCGCCAACGGUGUCAGCCUGCUCAAGGAGAUCUACAAGCACAGCGAGAGAGACAGCAUCCGCAUCCGAGCGCUGGUGGGACUCUGCAAGCUGGGGUCCGCCGGAGGCACUGACUUCAGCAUGAAGCAGUUUGCUGAGGGCUCCACAAUGAAAUUGGCCAAGCAGUGCCGCAAGUGGCUCUGCAAUGAGACGAUUGAUGCGGGCACACGGCGCUGGGCAGUGGAGGGCCUGGCCUACCUCACCUUCGAUGCGGAUGUCAAGGAGGAGUUUGUGGAGGACAAGGCAGCAAUGCAGGCCAUGUUCCACCUAGCCAAGUCAGAGGACAGGAGCGUGCUCUACGCCGUUGCCUCCACAUUGGUGAACUGCACCAACAGCUAUGACCAUGAGGAGCCAGACCCCCAGAUGCUGGAGCUGGCCAAGUACGCCAAGCAGCACAUUCCAGAGCAGCACCCCAAGGACAAGCCGGACUUUGUGAAGCGCCGGGUGCGGAAGCUGCUGACGGCUGGUGUGGUGUCAGCUCUGGCCUGCAUGGUGAAGAGCGAGAACCCGGCACUCACCAACUCCUGCCGGGAGCUGAUCUCCAGGGUGUUCUUGGCGCUGGUGGAGGAGGCGGAGGACCGGGGUGGUGUGGUUGCACAGGGAGGAGGCAAGGCUCUUAUCCCACUGUCCCUGGAGGGCACCGAGGUGGGGCAGACCAAGGCAGCUCAGGCCCUGGCAAAGAUCACCAUCACCUCCAACCCAGAGAUGGCGUUCCCUGGAGAGCGGAUCUAUGAGGUGGUCCGACCCCUGGUAAGCCUUCUGCACCUUCAGCGCACAGGCUUGGAGAACUUUGAGGGGCUGAUGGCGUUAACCAACCUGGCUGGCAUCAGCGAGAGGCUGCGGCAGAAGAUCCUGAAGGAGAAGGCUGUGCCCAUGAUCGAGGGGUACAUGUUUGAGGAGCACGAGCUGAUCCGGCUGGCUGCGACAGAGUGCAUGUGCAACAUGGCUAUGAGCAAGGAGGUGCAGGAGCUGUUUCUGGCCGAGGACAGUGACCGGCUGAAGCUGAUGGUCCUGUACAGUGGGGAGGAGGAUGAGAAGCUGCGGCGGGCAGCCUCAGGGACCCUGGCCAUGCUGACCGCCCUGCACCCCGCCAUCUGCAAGCGGAUCCCUCAGGUGACGGUGCACUGGCUGGAGAUCCUACAGGCCCUGCUGCUGAGCCCCAGCACGGAGCUGCAGCACCGCGGGGCCGUGGUGGUGAUGAACAUGAUGGCGGCCGAGCGGGAGGUGGCGGAGCAGCUCAUGGCCAGCGAGAUGCUGGAGAUCCUCUCGGUGCUCGCCAAGGACAAGGACAAGCCACGCGUGGCCCAGGCGGCCAAGGAGAGCCUGGCGCAGGCGGUGGCUUAUGGCCUCAUCAAGCCCAACCCCGGCCAGGAGUGAGGGCCUGGUGGGGGGCUGCCCGCACACGCUGCUUCGGGCUGGCGCUC